AACACCCAUAACGCUCUUCUACUCUAGAAAAAAGAAGCAAGAAUCAACUGCUGCCUGCAACCUGCAACCUGCAACUACUCUCUUCCUUUCCUUCUCCGUAGAAGUUAUGGUCUGGCGGAUUAUCAGAUCAUCAUCAUCAUCAACCAAUGGAAGUUGCUAAAGUCCCAAAGCACGAUCUCGUCCAUUCUCGCGUUUUUCUCUUCGGAUUUUACUGCUGGGGUUGGGAAUUCCUCACUGCCCUUUUGCUCUUUAGUUGCUGAUUCAUCGUUUAUAUAUAUAGUAUAAAUUUAAUUCUGUGGAGGGAGAAGACAAGUGUGAAGUGGGUUUUUUGUUUUUGCGAUUUUGAUUUUGUUGGAUUGGUGAGGAAAUGGGGCAAAGGUCUGUUCCGGCGCCGUUUUUGACGAAGACGUACCAUUUGGUGGAUGAUCCGAAGACGGACGACGUGAUCUCGUGGAACGAGGCUGGUACGACGUUUGUGGUGUGGAAAACAGCGGAAUUCGCUAAGGAUUUGCUGCCUAAUUACUUCAAGCACAACAAUUUCUCCAGCUUCGUUCGUCAGCUCAAUACCUAUGGUUUUCGGAAAACUGUUCCGGACAAAUGGGAAUUCGCCAAUGAAAACUUCAAGCGUGGAGAAAAAGAGCUGCUCGCGCAAAUUCGCCGCCGGAAAACCGCAUCUACGCAGAACCCAGGCAGCGGGAAGCCUGGAGCCGCCGACAAUCUUGCUUCACCGGCGAGCUCCGGUGAGGACUUGGGGUCAAGCUCCACGUCGUCUCCUGAUUCCAAGAACCCUGGAUCUCUGGAGACGCACGUGUCGGCUCAGCUCGCUGAUUUGUCCGGCGAGAACGAGAAGCUGAGGAAAGAUAACCAAAUGCUGAGCUCGGAGCUUGCACAAACCAGGAAGCAAUGCGAUGAGUUGAUAGCUUUCCUGACUCAGCGUGUGAAGGUGGCUCCUGAGCAGAUCAGCCACAUUAUGAAUCUGCAGGUGGGUGGCGGAAAUUCUGAUUGUGAUGAUCACGAAACUGAGAAUUGUAUGAAAUUGUUCGGGGUGAUGGUGAAAAAGAAGAGGGGUUGUAGUGAGAAUACGGAUUUUUCAGGGCCAAAUAGGAAAGAAACAAAAACAAGUAUGGAGGUUAGUGUUCCAUGGUUGAAGAUCUCGGAGGAGAGCAGCAAGGUAUGUAACUGACCACCAGAUCAUGCCACGUGUUCUUGGAUAGGGCAGACAUUAUUAAGGUAGCGUAGGAAGAGUGUCCAACCGUAAGGCUGCGAUGUUGUAAGGCCAGAAAUAAAGGAGUUUUCUUCAUCAAAUUGAUAAAAUUCCUCCAGUUAUAUAUGAUGAUGACGAGUUGGAAGA